GCCGCGGAGCGGGGGCUGCGGGAGCCAGGCGGCCGCGGCUCACGACUUGGUGCGGCCCGCGAUGAAGCCGCCUAGUUCAUUGCAAACAAGUGAGUUUGACUCAUCAGACGAAGAGCCUAUUGAAGAUGAACAGACUCCAAUUCAGAUAUCCUGGCUACCCCUGUCACAAGUGAAUUGUUCUCAGUUUCUUGGUUUAUGUGCUCUUCCAGGUUGUAAAUUUAAAAAUGUUAGAAGAAAUAUCCAAAAAGAUACAGAAGAACUAAAAAGCUGUGGUAUACAAGACAUAUUUGUUUUCUGCACCAGAGGAGAACUGUCAAAAUACAGAGUCCCAAACCUUUUGGACCUCUACCAUCAGUACGGAAUUAUCACUCAUCAUCAUCCAAUCCCAGAUGGAGGGACUCCUGACAUAGCCAGCUGCUGUGAAAUAAUGGAGGAACUUGCAAUCUGCCUUAAAAAUAACCGAAAAACCUUAAUACACUGUUAUGGAGGACUUGGGAGAUCUUGCCUUGCCGCUUGUCUCCUGCUCUACCUGUCGGACACAGUUUCACCACAGCAAGCCAUCGACAGCCUGAGAGACCUGCGAGGGUCUGGAGCAAUACAGACGAUCAAGCAAUAUAAUUAUCUUCAUGAGUUUCGGGACAAACUAGCUGCACAUCUAUCAUCAAGAGAUCCAUUAUCAAGAUCUGUAUCUAGAUAAAGAAUUUCAAAUAACAUAUAUAUGACCAUGUCUGAAAUUUAAGGGCUAUUUAACAUAAUCUGUAUUGAAAUGAAACUUACUAGUGUUACCAACUUGAAUGUAAAUGUGUAUGUGCAGAUAUUCCUAAAGCUUUUAUUGACAAAUCUGUUGUGUCUCUCAUCUCUUAUAGAAGAUUGAAAAAUUGUUAUACAAUUUCCUUUUUUAGAAAUGCAUUGGCUUCUCUGGUAUAUUUCACCUGGAAGUAAUGCUGAAACAAGCAUAUGGAAAAAUAGCUGACUGCCUAUCUUUAUUAUUUACCACACUUUUACCUCAUUUUACAACUUAUAA